ACGUUACGAAUCGACCUCCUCUGAGGUAGCGAAAUCGAAGCGAUGAAUAAAACAAACGAGCGGCUGAGAUUGCUUAAAACUCUAUAAGAGAAUCCAUUUCCACCGUCGCUCCAUUGUUCAUUAGUUAGGUACACGCAAAAUCAAAAACACAGAGAGAGUGUGAGAGAGUCCAAAGAUGAUGAAGCAGAAAACUUGGCCAGCUCGAUCCGACGGUUCUCGCUUCCUCUCCCUUCCACUAUCAAAAAUCAAGGGUCCGAAAUUCCCCACCCGAACUUCGACCCGUCAGAUCCCAUUCUACAACACAAGACCAUCCGACGGCCACGAUUUCUCGGCGCUCCCGUACGACGUGUUGACGAAAAUCGCGGCGUCAUUUAGCCUCCAAAACCUUCGAGCGGCGUCGCUGGUGUGCAAGUCGUGGAGCGAGGCGCUUAAGCCCUUGAGAGAGGCGAUGCUGUUGUUGCAUUGGGGGAAGCGGUUCAAGCACGGUCACGGUGGAGUCCGCCCUAACUUGGACAAGGCUCUGGACUCGUUCUUGAAAGGCGCGGCUCGUGGUUCUGCUCUGGCUAUGGUGGAUGCUGGUUUGAUUUACUGGGAAUUAGGUCACAAGGACAAGGCUGUUGCUUUGUAUCACAAAGCUGCGGAGCUUGGCGACCCUGCUGGACAGUGCAAUUUGGCCAUUUCUUUUUUGCAAGCUGAACCUCCAAAUCUGAAGGAAGCUGUAGCAUGGUUAUAUCGAGCUUCCAUUGCUGGCCAUGUCCGUUCUCAAUACCAACUUGCACUUUGUCUGCAUCAAGGUCGAGGGGUUAAUUGCAAUAUAAAAGAUGCUGCUAGAUGGUAUCUAAAAGCUGCAGAAGGUGGGUAUGUGCGUGCUAUGUACAAUGUCUCGCUAUGCUACUCGUCUGGUGAAGGUUUGGUGCGUAGUCAUCAACUAGCAAGAAAGUGGAUGAAGCGGGCAGCUGAUCGUGGUCACACUAAAGCACAAUUUGAGCAUGGACUUGCUCUCUUUUCUGAAGGGGACAUGAUGAAAGCUGUGGUGUACCUGGAACUUGCCACCCGUGCUGGAGAAAGAGCCGCAGCUCAUGUGAAGAAUGUAAUCCUCCAACGACUCUCAGCAACUUCACGUGAUCGAGUCAUGCUUCUUGCUGACAAUUGGCAAGCUCUGCCUUCGUCUCGCUGAGCUAUAUUAUAAAUGGUUUGUAAACCUGUACAUAUAUUUUCUUGAUGCCUGAAAUCCGCUUUCAACUGCUAUUUUGUAAAGAUUUUAUUGUUGUAUAUAAUAUGUGGAUUUUUUUCUUAUUAUAUAAGUAUUGUUGUAUUAAAUGGAAUUGGAAGGAGAAAUUACUGGAUAUAUUGUCUCCGUUACGUGGAUGA